CAGUUCUUACAACACAUCCAUAGCAGCACCACAGCGCUUACAGCAGAGUCGUCUCACACAGCUGGCCAAUCAGCUUUCUCCAUUCCUGACAGCUGACCAAUCACACAGCCCGCAGCAGGCUUAGAACUAUUCAACAUGGAGACAACAGUUGAUAAGCUUGAGGCGAUGUUCCUGAAGUCAGAGGCUGACCUGGAAUACAUUGAGAGGAGGCUGAAGCUGGACUUCAUCAGCACUGCAGAGAAUGGAUGUCCUGCUGAGGAGAACCCGGCGGUGAUGCUGGAGAAUCUGAGGGCCAUCAAGGCCAAACACACAGCGUUGUGUUCUCAGGUGAAAGAGAUUGCAGCUGCACAAGAAGAGUCCAUGGACUCCAUUAGAAACAACCUUGGCAGGGUCAUGAAGCUGAUCCAAGACUUCCAACAGACUACUGAUGUGGAGGUUCAGCCACUGACGGAGUCAGAGCGAGAGUCAGCAGAGCUGCUGGCUUCAGCUGUCAGUCAGACUACAGCAGAGGUGUCUCCUGCUGGAGCAGCUCUGAGCCAACAACAGCCACAGAGUGGUGAAUACCAGGAGCUGAGUGAAGCCAUGCUGGAGGCAGUUCCUCUCAGCAUACGCUCCAACAUCAAGCUGGCUGAUCUCAAUAUGUUCUACCAGCAGCUGCAGCAGCACCUCAGCAAAACCAACAGUGAUUCCCUCAGUGUGCAGAAGAUGAAACACCUGAAGAUGAGCGACACCAAGCUGAAGAUCCUGCAGCAUCUCUCUUUAGUCACGUUGGACAGGAAAGGCCAUGUUCAUCUUGUGGUGUGAGGUGGAGACUGUUGACAGGGUGGAUGUUCACAGGGUGUCCUGGGCGUACUGGAUUUGGCUGCUUCUCCACUUGUUCCACAUGAGCUGGAGUGUAAAAGAUGGAUCAGACUGCAGACACUCUGAAGUCAUGGCCAGACAAGACACACCCAGAUCACCAGAUGUCACCAUUUUCAGAUCAUAUACAGAUGUUUACUGUUGCAGAUUGGAUCCACAAGUGAUGCAAAUUGCAACACUGUUCUGUCCAGGUUCAGAAUUCUCUGUUGUGACUUUGCAAUUUUUAAUUCACCUGCUGCUGCAGCAUCAAUGUGCAGUAUGGCUUUAGCCUGAGCCAUUAUCAGACCAUUUUACAUAGAAUAAGAUUCUUUAGGGUGAAUAAUGUGCAUGUCAUUCAGAAAAAUUCAUGGCAUCAUCAGCUCCUCAGACCCAAUCAAUCAGCUCUAAAAUGAAAAUGGACAUGAAGUAGUUUAGAGAACAAUUUGAGCAGUGCCUCAUUUUCCUUUUUGGUUAAAAGCCUAUUUCAUCUCUGACAACACCCAACAAAAAUGAUGGUUGUGGUCAAGAGUGCUUUCUUGCACCUUUAAAAAAAAAAGAUUUUCAGGGGUUUAGAUAAUGAUUAAUAAUGAUUAAGAAGUGGAUCAGCUCAGAUCAGAUCAGUCGUUUUUAUGACUAGACUCUCAGCAGAGCUAGUCUUCUAACAUUGGGUCUGAACUGGUCUCUUUUGUCCAUUGACACAUCUGCUGUAACGGGAAUGGAGAACUCAGAGUGCCUCUGUGUCAAAAGUGGGGCGCACAUGUCUAAGUCAUAUUCUCCGUCAUCUGGUCCUUUGAUAAUAGAUGGAAAUACUUGAGACCCAAAAAUUUGGACAGCAAAUUUUAUCAUCGUUAUUAAACCUCAAUACUUUUUUGGGACUGACCAAAAAGUGUUCUAAGAAUGGAGUAUGAGUAACUGAAAGCUGACAUCACAUGUCUCCUUAUUCUUUGAUUAGAUAUUCUGAGAAAUAUAAAAACUUGCUUGUACUGUAUUUCCCAAAGUAAGCUAUGAGUGGUAACUGAUAUUCAUGUACUAUACAGUAAUCUGAUUGGUAUAAAUCAAAGAGGAUGGUUCUCUAACAAAGAUGGGAACCCAGAGGAGCAGUAUUAAAGUCAUUAAUUGGCCUUGGCUAACACAGUGUCUAGGUGUUCCUCUAAGGUGACAGGAAGGGAUGCUUGAACCCAGUGGAUUGUAAGAGGAAACAAAGGUUCUUGGGAUUGUUGUGAUGGUCUGUUUUAAAAUCUGCUGGUGUCCUGUUACAGCACAAUAAAGUAAAGAAACACUUUUGCA